AAGGUUUCUGUUGACAGGAAGCGGAAGUGAUCCUUAGACUAGCUAGCAGGAGUAAAAGACAGCAGCGAUAACAAGACAUCCUUUUAUGGAUGGUUGGAAAUACAGUCAACAUGCUUGUUUUAUCGUGCAAAGCGUGAACAUUCCCACCAAACAUGAACAACAUUAUGGAGGAACAGGAGAGGGAUACUCUCCUUGCUGCAGUGCCUGAGUCCCAAGUUUUGACACCGGUAACUAUGUUUUGGCUAACUAGCAAGCUAACCAAUAACAACACACUCAAUCUGAUUUCUGGCAACUCUGUUUCAAAUGACAGCCAACCUACCAUUCUCUCAGCGUAUAACGUUACUUGGCUUGUUAUCUACUGUAACUUGCUAACGUUAGCGUAAGCUAACUAUACUAACUACAGGUUGUACACGAGAUAAUGAGAACGUUAUUUACAUUUGUCAGAUGCUCUUAACCCUAAUUGCUGCUGUAAAUCGCUCUGGAUAAGUGCCUUGCUCAAGGGCACAUCGACAUAUUUUUCACCUAGUCGGCUCGGGGAUUAGAACCAGCGACCUUUUGGUUACUGGCCCAACGUUAUUAACCGCUAGGCUACUUGCCGCAUCCAGCGACUUGUUUAGGUUCACUGACAAAUAUUAAAAAGAGGGUGUGUAGAAUACACAUCAAUAUCGUUCUUUUGAUAGUUCAAAACAUCUUGUGUAAUCUUAAAUAUUCCGGUAAACCUUUACACUCCUGGGAAUAUGCCUAUAUUGCACUGGAGGUUGGUGGCACCUUAAUUGGGGACGACAGGCACAUGGUAAUGACUGCAGCAGAAUAGGUAGAAGGGUAUCAACAACAUCAAACAUUCCAUUAGCUCCAUUCCAAGCAUUAUUAUGAGCCGUCCUCCCCUCAGCAGCCUCCACUGCUAUAUGGAUAGGGCUAAAUUGAAAUGUUUCUUACAGAAUAAAUAUGAAAAGCGUUUGCAUAAGCAUAGCUAUGGUAGCAAUUGAAAGGGAAGAGUUUAGCAAAGUUAAGGACAAAACAGUAAGGUAAGGACACAACACACGACUGAAUCCAAACAUUACACUGAUGAUUUUAUGAUAUAAUCAAAGAUUUUUGGUGUCCAUUACAGGACAGCCCCAUACAAACCGACCGCCGCCAUAGAUUUUUGGUGUCCAUUACAGGACAGCCCCAUACAAACCGACCGCCACCAUAGAUUUUUGGUGUCCAUUACUGGACAGCCCCAUACAAACCGACCGCCGCCAUAGAUUUUUGGUGUCCAUUACUGGACAGCCCCAUACAAACCGACCGCCGCCAUAGAUUUUUCAACUAACCUGUAUUUGACUAUACUGUCUUUGGUCUCAAUUCGGGCAAAUAAGUAUAUUUUAAAUGUCAACCAUAUAAAUGUCCAUGACCAGUUGCAGGUGGUUCGUUUGAAUUUAGAAAAUGCUCCAUGGGGCAAAACAUGUAUUCAUUUAAAUAAUGGAGCAUUUUCUAAAUUGGUGGCAAUAUACUCGGCUAGUUAUCUAUUUGAGUCAAAUGAGAGGCUAAUAGCAGGGCUAAUUUGUAGCUGUCUAGCAAUGUUGUGUAGCAGCGUUAGGGCAAGGCUGUUUUCCUGUAGUCCUCUUCCGGGGAUCCUCUAUUUGUAACAGAAUCCGUAAUGACAUUUCAUACAUUCCUGAUUUUCACAUGUCAAGGGUCCUGGCACUGGCAGCAGCUCAAGAUCAAGGGCUACAGAUGGGAGCAUCAGACCUUUGGAGAAGAGGGGACCCUAUAUCAUGUCCAAAGCCCCAGCCAUUCACAUGAAACUACGUAAGCGCAUUCCUGGCCCUAGAUAUUAGUGACACAAUUCCUGUUUAAAGCAUUGUGAUGUUUAAGUGUUGUCAAAGUCUAUGUUUUUAUUUAAAGUGUUGUUAUUCUGUAUGUCACUGAAUCCUGGCUUUAGAGAAACACCGUGAGAUGGCCCGCAAAGCAAUGAAGAAAAAAGGCCUUACGUCAGGGGGGUCCAGUGAUGCAACAGCCCAGGCAAGGAGGAAAGAGGUAAGAGGAGAGGAGGAGGGAGAAGUAUGUUUGUAGGCGUGCAUGCAAGCAUAAUGGAAUUUGAGGUAUUCGUGCUGUUACAAUUCAAGUUUUUCUUGUUCCUCUUGUAGAAGUGUGAUGUUCAACAAAGGUUAUGCCGCUUUGAGUCAGCACGCUGAAGAUACGCUGGUAGCAUUGGAAUCAGACAGGUAAAGGACUACACACAUAGCACCAAAUGUUGAUCUGCCGUUCAUCUGCAGUUCGUUUCGGCGCACUGUGUUUUAGGGGCCACACGCUGGAGGAUGUCUGACAGUGCGCAAAUUAUGGCCGGCACUCUGUUCAGAGGUGCUAAGUACUCUCUCCGGCAAACACUAUUGGCAAGGCACUAUUGACUGCAGACAGAAUCUCUAAAGAGCCCUAUGUUUAUUUAGGAAGUAUAGGGCUGGAAUUCAAUCCAAGUGCGCCUGGUCAGCAAUGCACAUUCAAAAGGCAAUGUUCCCACAUUUACAUAGACCACAUUCACGGUAAACGCUGCAUAUGUUGACUCAAUCGUAAGUGACCUUUAAAUGGCACAUUGUCCAAAUCCACGAUCGGAUUGAAUUGCAGCCUAAGAGUUUUCCUAAUGACAUUAUCUUGUCUUGACCUUGCAGUGAUGAUGAGCGAGAUGUCGAGCAGUAUUCCUCAGGAUACUCUUCAGCUGAGGUGAGUGUGCCCAGUGUGAAACAUACUAUACUCAGACCAUGCUUCCACAUAGAAAGGCUCAUUCGUUGGGCAGCGGUGCUCUCUAUCAGGAACAGGGUUCAGUUUCCAUAUCGAAUAGUUGCUCUUAUAGUCCACUACAAAUCUAUUCAUAUUUAAACACGACUCAAUGCAAGUAAUCACCAUUAUUGCCUAAAUAGGCUAUGUGGGGAAAAAAAACAUUACACCUACACUUUAUUUUUCUUCUCACAACUUUUUCUUACACCUCCUGUCUGCAUACCUUUUUGAAUUGUCAUUCCACGGCUGACCUGUUGUCCUCUCUGUGCAGGUGCACCCAGACCUAAGCAGGCAGCUGCUGCAGGAUGGAUACCGGCUGGAUGAGAUCCCUGACGACGAGGACCUGGACCUCAUUCCCCCUAAAGCCAUGGGUUCUUCAGCCUGCUGCUGUGCUGAGGCCCCGUCGUGCUUUGUGCAGUGAGGAGGGCACUUAGUGCUGUGACCUGGCUGACCCCGCAGCUCUGUGUUUAAAGACUGGACCUCUGUUACCCUGACCUUAGCCACUGUCUAAGUCAAGCAAGGCCUCCUGUUACCCAAACCCUACCACUGUCUAAGCAUGGAACCCCCCUAACACUUUAAACGCCUAGCCACUGUUUAUGCAGUGCUCUCUACACCCUAACUAACCUUAAGCAUGGACUGAAGUCAUCCCAAGCCGUAGCCACUGUCCAAGCAGGGCUCUCUGUCACCCCAAAGGUUGACCUCUGUGUUAUUUUGGAACUAGAUGAAAUGCUAACCAUGCUGCAGCCCCUCUGAAUAGACAGGUGCAGGGUGAUUCAUCUCUGGACAUGCACUGCACUCAUUAACCUGAGGGAGAAGGUUCACUGUCUUGUUGUCCUCUUUGGCAUAUCGCUCCCAGGUCCAUUUAAACAUAAAAAAUGAAUAUGCAAGGUAAUAUGCAUACAGCAAAUGUCUUAGAGCGGUUUGAACGCUAAAGCUUUUUCGCAAGCUUGUCUUGCUUCAAUUCCCUUUUUUCAAAGUAAGCCCUUUGAAAACAAACCUGAACAUUCCCUAACUAUAGGCAUUUUUAUACAUCUUCCUAAAAUUCCCUGUUUUUGUUGCAAAUCCCUGGUAUUAAUCUUGGGUCUAACCUCAGACCCCUGUCUGUGGCUUUGACACUACAUGGUUUACUUGUAUGUGAAUGAAUGCUUUAAAUGAUAUAGGGAUACUAGCACUUACUCUUAUGUCAGGCUGCCUUUCAAUGCUUUAUCCAAAAAAGUUUACAAAAUAGCACUGUUUUUACAGCAAUGAGAACUGUGGUCAAUCUUGUCCUGCGUGUUAGAGGUAACAUUACAGCCCAUGGUGUCACUGAGGUUAACCACUACCAUCCUGGCAAUGCUGUAGACAAUGACUCACUUGCUCCUCUCUUCCUACUACAUUUACAUUACAUUUGAGUCA